AUGAACCUGAGCAUUACGAUACGAGGAGGCCUGGCCGGGUCAAGUAGCGAAGCUAGCCAAAGUGGGUCCAAAAAAUAUGGCAGUAACGUGCUGCACAAAACGAAGCUAAAAAAGGACGUUCCAGAAAAGAGGAAAGGAAAAAUCGUGGCCAAAAAAUCUAAAAAUUUGAGUCCAAAAUUAACAGGAAGUAUUUCUACCUUACCUUCUGAUAGAAGAAAUAACCUACAUGCGCUGGAAGGAGUUCUUUCUGAGGUGGGGGAUGGGGAUAGGCACCAGGGAUGGAGGAAGUACGCACACAAGUUCGGCCUCCUGGGCAGGCUCGUUUCGAAGGGGCACACAGGGAGCGCCAGUUCGGGAGGAACACAAAACGGUGGAAGUAUAAGGGGAACAACACACAGCGGAAGCAACUCGCAACGGUCCGCGAAGAAAAGUACCCACCCAAACGACGCUGGAAGCAAGUUGGUAAAACAAGACGCAAAAGCAAACACACAAGAGGAAAAAAAAAAAAGCUAUCUGACUAGUUUGCAAAAAAAUAUUCCUCCAAAAAAAAACAAAAAUUCCUAUUCGUCCAAUUUAAACACACCAACUGUUGCCACCGGAGGAAAGAAAAGUUACAAACUGAGCUCUGGGGGCAACGGCCAAGAGGGGGGCUCCACCGAUGGAGCCAAGCAGUCAGUCACGGCAUCAUCUUCGCUUGCCCAAGGGGUCGAAGUGGACAACGAGCAGGUAGUUCACCUUACAGGGAAGAUACUUGAAGACCAGGAUGAUCCAUCUAGAGAAACACCCCUCGAAAGGUACACAGCAGAACCAAUCGAUCCCUACUUCACCAAAGGGGAAUACGACGCAUCAAAGGAUAUACUUCGAGAGAAGACCUGCUUCUACGAUGCAGGGAAGGUAUCUACCAGUUUACUUCCCGGUUAUAAGGAAGUAAGCUUCGAGGAGAUAGGUGUGACUAAAGGGAACAACGCAUCUGCUAUGGAGUCAAGAAGGGCACAAAGAAAUGCCAUGUACCUGCCGAACCGAUUUUACAGUCCUCACAACUUUGAGGCAGUCAGAAGUAUGGGAGGUCAAAACGAGGCCUACUACAUUAACGGGUUGAGGACGCUGGAUGGUUGUCUUUUCACCUCAGUCGACCUGUCUCAAGCGACAAUCCACAAGCAGUACAACAUCGGGGUUACCUAUCCUUAUGGAGUUCCCUUUGUAGAUGUGAAGCAGAGGGGCAGGCAGGGACGGCGGUGA